UAUUUAAACUCUUCUUUCCCUCCCAUUCUUCUUUUCCCUUCAACCUUCUCCGUUUCAAGAAUCAAUCUUCAAGAAAGGUCACUUCACUGCAAAUCAAUGGCGUCUUCUUCUUGUUCCGGUUGGUGACGUGCACCAAUUUACUUUACUGUCUCAGUAAUCUUAGCUUUCACAGCCAUCUCCUCUUCUCUGCAUUCUUCAGGCAGCGGAACAACACCAAUGCCAAACAGACCAAUAAACCGCCAACUAAUUCUCAACGCAUCAAUGGCUUUAAGAAAUUCAGGUUUCAAUUUAAUGGCUACUCUUCUCUUAAUUUCUCCUGAAGUCUUUCUUUCAUCUCCAAAUUCAACAAUUUUCCCCAUUAAAGACUCUGCUCUUGUAAACGCUUCUUUCCCUCCAUGGUUCUUGAAACAUCUCCUUCGAUACCAUACCUCUCCUUUAUUAUUUUUAAUGGAUAAUCUUUUAAAGAAACCUAAAGGUAGCUGUUUCCCUACGCUUAUUCAUAGAAAGAAUGUUGCUGUAACAAUGGUUGAGGCAAAAGAGAGAUUAUUAGAGAUUAGUCAUGCGUUGGUUUCUCAUCCUGAUUUGUUUCUCGAAGGAAAUUUGGCAAUUCAUGGCGUUCUUGGACCUUUUUCUUUCCUGGGAAGUGGUUUUAAAGAUUUUGAUAAGAUUUGAGAUUUUUCUAUUCAAGCUCCGAUUUGUGAUUCAAAUUUUAGUUUAGUUUCGGAUAUUGAUGAGACUAAGAAUUUGACCGAAUGGACUAAAAUUGUUUGUUUGUUAAGCUCUAAUGGAUUUGUGUCUUUCGCAAUUGGAUUGAACUCUGUUCUUGAUGGGAUUCUUGAAGAUUUUAGAGAUUUGUAUUCUGUUACAAUUUUCACUCAAGAAUUUGAAUUUCUGGCUUCUCCUUCACCAGUUCUUGAUAGGGUCGUCAGGCUGCAUAUUCUGCCUCAAAGAGUUACAAAUUCAGAAUUUGCUUUUUUGCCAGAUAAGAAAUUACUUGGUACACUCCUUUCUAGUCAAGAACUGCAGAUAAUAGCUGGUCUAAAUGGCUCGCAAGGAAUAUUCAUUAAUGGAGUGGAGAUUGUGGCGCCAGAAAUCAUUGCAUCAAAGCAGUUCAUAAUUCGAAUUUCUCAGGCUUUUCAGGUGGCUGAGCUUCCUGAUACAUCAAGAUAAUAGUACCUAAAGACAAAAGCUUAGCUUCACUUUUGUUGUGUCGGAUAUGAAUGGUAUUUUUCC